GCCUCGGACGCGGCUACUACGCAUGCCCAGCUCCUCCGCGCAUGCUCAGUGCAGUGAGGUUCCGGGGUGGGUGGGAGACGGGAGUGCGGCGGCCGGGCUGACGGGCGCUGCGGUGACCAUGGCUGACGAAGCGGCGGAGCUGGAGGAGGCGCUGCGGCGCCAGGCGGACACGGUGCGGCGGCUGAAGCAGGAGAAGGCCAGUCCGGAAGAGGUGGCUGAGCAGGUGGCGAAGCUGCUGGAGCUGAAGGCGCAGCUGGGCACAGAUGAGGGGAAACACAAGUUUGUCCUCAAGACCCCAAAGGGCACCCGGGACUACAACCCCAAGCAGAUGGCCAUCCGGGAGAAAGUCUUCGACAUCAUUAUCAGCACCUUCAAGCGCCAUGGAGCUGAGGUCAUCGACACCCCUGUGUUUGAGCUGAAGGAAACUCUGACAGGAAAGUAUGGGGAGGACUCGAAGCUCAUCUAUGACCUGAAAGACCAGGGGGGAGAGCUGCUGUCUCUUCGCUAUGACCUCACUGUGCCCUUUGCUCGUUAUUUGGCAAUGAACAAAAUCACCAACAUUAAGCGCUACCACAUUGCCAAAGUUUACAGACGGGAUAAUCCGGCCAUGACGAGGGGCCGCUACAGGGAGUUCUACCAGUGUGAUUUUGACAUCGCCGGACAGUUUGACCCCAUGAUUCCCGAUGCUGAGUGUCUGAAGAUUGUGCAUGAGAUCCUGAGCGGGCUGCAGAUUGGAGACUUCCUCAUUAAGGUCAACGACCGGCGUAUCCUUGAUGGGAUGUUUGCAGUUUGUGGGGUACCAGACAGCAAGUUCCGAACGAUUUGCUCCACUGUGGACAAACUAGACAAGGCAACAUGGGAGGAUGUGAAGAGCGAGAUGGUUGGCGAGAAGGGGCUCUCGCCAGAGGCUGCAGAUCGCAUUGGGGAAUACGUUCAACUGCAUGGUGGUCUGGGUCUGAUUGAGCAGCUGCUCCAGGAUCCUAAGUUGUCCCAGAACAAGCUGGCCCGGGAGGGGCUGGGAGACAUGAAGCUGCUGUUUGAGUACCUGACCCUGUUUGGCAUCGCAGAUAAGAUCUCCUUCGACCUGAGCCUGGCGCGGGGUCUGGAUUAUUACACUGGGGUGAUCUACGAGGCCAUCCUGCUUCAGCCUCAGAACGCCCACAAGGAGGAGCCGGUCAGUGUGGGCAGUGUGGCUGGAGGCGGCCGCUAUGACGGGCUGGUGGGGAUGUUUGACCCCAAGGGGCGGAAGGUGCCCUGUGUGGGAGUCAGCAUCGGAAUCGAGCGGAUCUUCUCUAUCAUGGAGCAGAAAGUGGAGGCUUCAGAAGAAAAGAUCCGGACUACAGAGACACAGGUUCUUGUAGCGGCUGCACAGAAGAAACUCCUUGAAGAGAGACUGAAGCUCAUCUCUGAGCUGUGGGAUUCUGGGAUCAAGGCAGAGAUGCUGUAUAAGAAGAACCCCAAGCUGCUGAACCAGCUGCAGUAUUGUGAAGACAACGGAAUCCCUCUCGUUGCCAUUGUAGGAGAGCAGGAGCUAAAGGAUGGAGUUGUCAAGCUGCGAGUCGUAGCUACGAGGGAAGAGGUUGAUGUUCGUAGGGAAAACCUCAUUGAGGAAAUCAAGAGGCGAACGUGCCAUCCCUAGCCUUCCAGCCAGCCACACCUGCUAGUUUAUUGGAUUUCAACUGAUACGGGGGAAGGGGAAGACUUGUAGAGAUUUCCUCUCUAAAUGCCAGAGUUCUUACUCAUGACAUGUCAGUGGGGGCACAGGGGUCUUUGAAGCUGUAUUUAUUAUUUUAUCAUGAAUUUCUUUUUCCCAGAGGGAUCAGAAAUGCUGCUUUGCCUUUUAAAGAACACUGUGCUCCUGGGCGUAGCCAGUGAGAGAGCUGGAGAGGAUGUUUCCUGAGACACUCUGGAGAAUGCCAGCUGUGUGUCUGUAAUCAUUACUGUUACUGGGCAGAGCUGUGGUGCCCUGGGCCAUUGGCAGACACUGAGGCUCUUGGUCACAACUUCAUGUUCCUUUCUGUUUGAAUAAACAUUCUGCACAGUGUCACUUCUCUGCCUGGAGGGAAGGGACCUCGUCUCAAAGUGUAAAACAUUCUAAGCAAGCUUAAUAAACCUUCUGACAGUCCCA